AUGGGCAGAGCUCCGUGCUGCGACAAGGCUACCGUGAAGAAGGGCCCGUGGUCACCGGAGGAGGACGCCAAGCUCAAGUCCUACAUCGAGCAGAACGGCACCGGCGGUAACUGGAUAGCCCUGCCGCAGAAGAUAGGUCUGAAGAGGUGCGGCAAGAGCUGCCGUCUCCGGUGGCUAAACUACCUCCGGCCAAACAUCAAGCACGGCGGCUUCUCGGAGGAGGAGGACAGGAUAAUCCUUAGCCUCUACAUCAGCAUAGGCAGCAGGUGGUCGAUAAUAGCAGCGCAGCUGCCGGGGAGGACGGACAAUGACAUAAAGAACUACUGGAACACGAGGCUCAAGAAGAAGCUCUUCGGCAAGCAGUCCCGCAAGGAUCAGCGGCAGCAUCAGUUCAUGCGCCAGCAGGCGGCAGCGGCAAACGAUGGGAUGAUGAAGCAAGAAGCAGCAACUGCCAGGGAUGCAGCCGGGAGCAGUAGCAUGGCAGUGGCCAGCUACAACUGGCACCACCAAGCCAUGGCGGCCGUGCCGCUGCAACCAAUACCAGGUUCCAUAAUGGAAGGCCAUCGCCCAGGGGAUGAGGCAGAUGAGUCAAUUCAGAAGCUUCUGUAUAAGCUAGGAGGAGCAGGCCCUUUCACAGCACUGUCGGUUCCUCAGUGUGUUCCUCCAAUGUACGAGGGAAGUCCAGGCCUCAUGCCGCCGCCGUCGUCAUGCCCGGCGGUGGACGCCGGCACCUCGCUUGAUGAAGGCGGUGUGCAGGGUUCUGGCAUGCUGCCGGCGCUGGAGCUGGACCAGGGCUUCCACUUCAACCAGGUUAAGCUGGAUGGCCUGGAAAGCUUCUUCGGCAUGGGUACUGAUCAGAGCAUGAGUUGGAGUGAGGUGAGCCCAUUGAUUUGCCCUAAUAACACUGUGGCAGCUUCGAGCUCCCAAGGGAUGCAACAGUACUGCCUUGUUGUUGAUGAGCCGGGAAACCUUGGGAUGAAGUAG